AUGAGCUUUGGUACUCCAGAAUACAUCUACGUCACAUAUGGCGAAUUGGUGGUACAGGACAUGGUUGAAUUGCUCUUAGAUUCCCCAUUCCCUAACAAAGCACCAAUCGAUACAGACACACCAUGGAAGCUUGGGAUUGACCACGAUUAUAUAAGUAUGUUGAAGGAAAGUUUCAGAUUCGACAUAGAAUGGUCUUGGGAGGAGCUUGAGAGGAAGAUUGUGAAGUUUUCUAACUAUAUGGUCCAUUAUGAGCAUGAGGGAGAUGUUUUGGACUUGCACUACGUUCACAUAAAGAGUCGACGAGGUGAUGGUAUUCCUCUUAUACUCCUUCAUGGAUGGCCAGGCACUUUCUUCGACUUUUAUAAAGUGAUUGAGCCACUGAUCGACCCUCCUCUUCCUGACUUGCCUUCGUUUGAUGUUGUUGUCCCGUCAUUACCUGGAUAUUUCCGAUCUACAUUGCCGAGGCGUGAUGGCUGGAACCUAGUGGAUAUUGCUCGGUUAUUCAACGGACUCAUGGCCUCUGUCCUUGGCAUGUUCCCCGACUCUUGUUCACUUAUGCACUUCAACAUGUUCUACGUUGAGUCUCCAGGAUUUGCCGUCAUGCCACAAAGUUCCGAUUCACAGAAGAAGCAAGCAGAGGAUGGCGAAUCCAAAUUUGGUUAUUUCGCGAUUCAAGCAACCAAGCCAUUCACAAUUGGAUUAGCAAUAGCUUCAUCUCCUCUUGCCAUGCUAACGUAUAUUGGCGAGAAGAUUUACGGGUGGUCGGAUCCACGCUUGCUGGACCCAGGAGAUCAUAUAAUGGACACUGUCACGGUUGCCCUGUAUUACCUAAGUGACUGCUUCGCAACGUCUGUCGUGAUGUACAAUCAAAACAUCACUCUCAUCCGUGAACUAGGUUUACCGGCCUCGGAAGGCCACUUUCUGUUGAAGAACAAGUUUGGAUACUCAAUUUUUCCAUAUGAGAUUGGUCGCGCACCAAAGGAAGAUAUCGGAAGCAUUUGGACCACUUGUGUACACCAGAGGUCAGAGAUCCAGACUCAAAUUACUCACAAACAAGCUUUGCAAACUCUUACUGAAUUAAUUUAUGGAUUAUUAGAACACCAACGGGGUGGGCAUUUCCCAGCUGUUGAUAACCCCGAGGCAUUUGUUUGCGACCUGCGCGAUUUCUUUGGUGAACACUGGAGCCGCGCGUGA